UGUUUCUGGCCGCGUGUUUGCGUUUUACGCAGAAUAGCCGUAGCGCCGUCAGCGGGCGCUGUUUUACUCACCGACGGCGCAACGUCACUAUGAAACCAUAACGUCACCACUCCUCGAUCAGAGAGCGGGCGAUUUGAACUGCACUAGAGGUACGCGGACGCUUCAGAACGCAUUUUCUCAUAAGUCUCGCCUUCGCAUAAAACAAGCGUUUCCAGGUUUCUGGGAUGGUAUUUCAAUAGUUCAAGUUGACUCAAUCUUAACCUUUAGUGUCCCUUUAAAAGCGUCCUCCAAAUUUUUUUUGAAAGACGGAGUCUUUCUUGGCGAAUUACCCCCCCCCCCCCUUUUUUUUUUUAUUGUGAUGUAUGCGUGGUUUCUAAGCUCUUUCGUGGACCCUUCCCGGAUAUAGUGCAGCCCAACUGUAAGUGCCACUGGGGUCACUAGGUAUGGGCCACAGGGUAUGUGCCCCGGUGGUCACUGGGUACGUGGUGACUACGAUGGUGAUGUCGUUGAUUACUGAUGGUGAUCAAGAUGAUGGUAAUGAUGAUAACUGACGAAAAUAUUUGCAAGGCGAUUUAACGUAUAGUUGACGUCGAUUAAACGUCGCCACUUCGGUGCGGCUCUCAAAAUAAAUUGUACGGUUCGUGCAUCCCAUUCUUAUUUGCACCUUGGUCAGGAAGACUGUCUUUCAUCGACUUCAGCUAUAGAUUAAAUCGCCUUCCAAGAUAUUUCGUUUCCUUUUCCUUUUUUUUCUUUUUUAAUCCCGUGUUAUACGUUUUAUAACAAGAUGCGUUCAGAGCGUGACACAGAGCUAUGCGUUCCUAUGAACGGCCUUCCCCUCCUGACAGCGCCCUGAGCAAGGCGUCGCUACUGCACGCCUGCCAGUAUCAGGAUGACGACGGUCGCUUCUGCAACCCCAAGUGGGUGGACCUCAACAGCCGCGGCGAGUACCGGCCCUCGUACAACAUCUCUCCCCGGAACUACCACCCGGUGAUGCUGAGCAGCGUCCACGUCCCCAAGAGCGCCAGGGGCCGCACGGGCCACCGGAUCAUGAUGAGUCCCAUGCGCUGGGGACUCGUCCCUUCCUGGUUCUCUGGCGAGCCGCAGAACUUCAUCUUCAACACGGUCAACUGCCGCCUAGAGAGCUGCAUGGACCGGCGCAGCUUCAAGGGUGCCAUCGCCGCCGAGAGGCGCUGCGUGGUCGUCGCCGAAGGGUUUUUCGAGUGGAAGAACGAGACGAACGGCAACAAGCAGCCGUACUACGUGUACUUCAAGCAGCCCCGGGGCGUCGACAUGGCGGCGCGCGAAUGGGAUGGAGUGACCGACGCUCACCAGCUCAUGCACAACGGCCACUGGAUCGGGCCGCGCUUGCUCACCAUGGCGGGCAUCUUCGACGUGUCCACCUCCAAGGAUGUCCUGUACAGCUACAGCAUUCUGACCAUGGACGCUCCACGCUAUCUGCAGUGGCUUCACAACCGUGUGCCCGUCAUCCUGGACGGUGAAGAGGCAGUGGCGUCAUGGUUGGACCCCAACUACACCUUCGAAGAGCUGACGUACUCCGUGCGGUGCCCGCCCAACCUGGUGUGCCAUCCGGUCUCCCCCACUGUGUCCAAGGUGACCAACAACACCGUCGCGUGUGUGCUCCCUUACCACACUGAAGAGCACAAGGGAAACAACGUGGUGGCCAGGCCCAAGAAGCGUGCCUCCAAAUCGCCCUCCAAGCCCGUCAAGAAGGCUCACAGGAGCCGCUCCCGGUCAUCCGCGAUGUCGGCCAGCUACCGCUCCUCGUCGUCGAGCACCCGCUCCCACCGCCGCUCCCGCUCCAGGGCGGCGACGCGGAAGCGCUCCAAGACGCGCCACCGCACAGCUUCCGACUCCUCGGAGCGACGCCAACGCAAGCACUCGCACAAACGCAGCGACUCCCGUCGCCAUGGCCGCUCGUACUGAGAGGCGUCCGUUAGCCCCGUACGCGGCCCGGGAUGAGGCGCUCGCUAUUGGUCGGUAGCGCUGAGCGGUGCUGUCAGGUGACCCCGCGCCACGGAAUGGCGGCCUGUCGAGCACUUGGGCUCCAACGUCUUCGGCCGUGCCGGCGAGGACUCGGAGAAACUCGACGAAAUCGGAUUGACUUUAAACAUUGUCGUGGCGGGGCACAAAUAAAUUCUGAACACAGCCGACUAUAAAGCUGAGCUGAUAUUCCCGAAAAUCUUUUAAA